AUGCUCGUCUUUGUCAGCCGAGAUGCCUAUCAAGUGAUUGAGUACAGUGAUUCUGCGGAUGCCGCGGAUCUUCAGGAUCGCCAUUUCUACUCACACAGCUUUUCCUCACCACGCCAAUAUCCUGCCGAUAUCCCUCAUCCCAUCCUCGAGGAAGAAGCUGGCGAAUCCGGAAGUGAAUCGCCCAUAGAACCCGUCACUCCCGUUAGCGGCGGCCGUUAUUCGCAGGAUUUCACCAGCGUUCACCAGUUUGGCCAGAAUCUCACUUUGACGCAUUACAAUACCACUCAAAACCCUCCAACUUCGAAUCCUACGAAACCGCCUCUUCAGCACGACUUGCCAGUAGGCCGAGCCACCCCCAGGCAAACUCCCGCGCCAUCACCCGAACGUACGCUGCAUCGCGCGCGCACAAUCAUUGGCAACACGACUGUUUCGGCUGUUGAGCCCGCUACUCCAACGCCAAAACAGCGAGAAUCCGAACUUGAGGCUCCUCAACCCGGCACUCUAUCGCGUCGCUCUACUCGUGGCUCUACGUCUAGUUUCAAACGCACAAUGACGAAUCUGUUCCGCCGGUCGUCGUCCGCCAUCGAGCGCGACACUCCGGUGUUCGACUCUAGCUCGCCCGGCUCAACAGACAGCUCUUCGCAACGCAAUCCUGCCCCUACCAGUGCUCCUCGCAGCAUUCCGGCCCCGCCUUCGUAUAAGACUCAGUCUACUGCAUCAAAUUCGCCUCCAUCGCCCGGGUCACCACUAGAAAUGGCCCCCUCAAACCGAACCAACAUACUUGGCAAAUCGUUACCUGGGCCCGAGGACUUCCAGAAGAAGCCCCGGGCCUCCACCGGCCUUACCCUACGUGGCCGUGCUGUCAAUUUUGCACGUGGCGGACGUAAUGGAAAGACACCCCGCCGUGCUAGCAGCUUCGACGCUGGCAACAGAGGAGCACCCGGCAUUCCCGCUCAAGAGCAUACCGGCAGCAAGAUGUACCCUGCUGAGCGCCAACCGUGGGUCCUGCCUCCUGAUGCUGGCACUGGCACCAAAGCUCGUCGCAUGAGUCUCAGUCUACCUGACGACUUCAUGAUUGAUACAGCUGAGCUUCUCUCUGAAUUCGAGUAUCAGCACAAGCUUCUUGGUCGCCACGGCAAGCACCUAGGCAAGGGCGCUGCCUCCAAGGUUACUCUGAUGGCUCGCAAGGGCUGCCCCAAUGAACUCUAUGCUGUCAAGGAGUUUCGCGGCAAGUCCAAGAGCGAGAGCCAGGAAGAAUAUGAAAAGAAGAUCAAGUCGGAGUUUAGCAUCGCCAAGAGCCUGCAUCACCCCAACAUUGUCGAAACUAUUCGCCUCUGCACCGACCAUGGCCGAUGGAACCACGUUAUGGAAUACUGCUCUGAGGGCGACCUCUUUGGUCUUGUUCAAAAAGGUUUCUUCAAGGGCGACGCCAAACUAAAAGAUCGGCUCUGCAUCUUCAAGCAGCUCGUCCAGGGCGUCACAUACCUCCACGCUCACGGAAUUGCCCACCGCGACAUAAAACUCGAGAAUCUUCUCAUCACCAAGGACAGCAAGAUCAAGAUCACCGAUUUUGGCGUCUCCGAGGUCUUUUCCGGCACGCAUCCUGGCCUCCGCGAAGCUCAUGGCAUGUGCGGCCAGAACAUGGGUGAUUUCCGUGUUUGCAGCCCCGGCAUCUGCGGUAGUGAGCCCUACAUUGCGCCGGAGGUCCUCGCCAAGAAGAGCUCGUACGAUGCCCGCGCCCUCGACGUCUGGAGUACCGCCAUCGUCAUGAUCUAUCUCAACUUUGGCGGUGCCAUCUGGUCACGCGCUGAACCUGGUAAUACCCAUUACGAUAAGCUCGUAAAGGGCUGGGAGCGCUGGUACAAGAACCACCCAGACCCCGAGGCCGUCAUCACCGACACGGACUACCCCAAAUGCUUGGCUCUCGAUGUCGGCGUAAACCCCCCUGCACUUCGCCGCAUACUAUUGCAAAUGCUCAACCCCGACCCCGCGAAGCGCAUCACCAUUCUCGACGUCGCCAACAAUCGGUGGAUCAAGAACAUUGAAUGCUGCCAGGUCGAAUCUUAUGACGACCCAACUCUCUGCAUCGAUGCCACCAAGUCAACCUCGGCGAAUAACAAGAGAAUAUUCUGCCACAACCAUCUUCCUAUUAAAACCAUGGGGUCGCAUUCUCUCGGCAAGAUGCCCGGUCAGGCUGGUUACUGA